AUGCCCGCUGAUCAGGAGCCUGCUCCAGCUGAUUCAGAGCUUGGAGUUGCACUAGAGCCUGUUUUCGCUCACGACCCUUUACCGGCGCACGACCCUUUACCGGCGCACGACCCUAUUCCUGUUGAUGUACCGGUCAUUGCACCACCAGUUGCUGAUGUCCCAGUUGUUGCACCUCCGCCCGACCCCAUUCCUGUGUUUGUUGACCGUGCACCUUUUGCUAUACACAUUGAUCCUGGAUAUGCUCACUCCCGUAAUGGAUGGAUUGAGGAUGACGACUAUCCUCCUUUUGUUCGACUAGUCACUCCCCCUGCUGCACCUGUCCAGGUACCCAUUGAUGUCCCACAGUAUCACCCUCACGUGUCAGACGUCCACCGCAUGGAUUUACCCGUCACUUUUCUUCAGGACAUACCUCAUCCCCGUCCAGGGGAAGGACCUUCUACUCAGCAGCACGAUCACAUGCCACCUACGACAGCAGCCUUUCCAUUUAUGCCCCCUUUUGCACCUGCUGCACACACUGCUUUUUCUUCUUCAGCACCCAUGGGCGAGCCAUUUAUGUGGUCUUCGCCCAACCUACAGCAGGAUAUGUUGAGUCGGAGAGUCGCUGAGCUCGAGAGGAUCCCGCGUCCUCCAUCUUUUGCUGAUCCAUCACAGUCUACUUUUCCACCUGCUCCACUAUUUCCUUAUCCGGAUUUCCACAUCCGAUUCCUAACGAUGGAGCAGCAGAUUGCUUGUUUGAUGCGUAUUGUUCACGCACUCGAGGAGGAUUUGGUGCAUCUGCGCCGUUUGCUUUUCAUCCCUCCACCUCCUCCUCCUCCCCCAUCAGCUUGA